AUCACAAGGAAAAGUACUGAUUAAUAUAUUCAAGCAACUAAAAAAUAGGUAGAAAAAGUUUGUGGGCGGAUGGGAACCAGUUGUUUCAAAGAUUGCAUAUAAUCUUCCGCGGAAGCAAGCACACAUAUAUAAUGGCUUCCUUAUCCUCAUUAUCUCUCUGCAAAUCAAAUACAAGAACAUUAAUAUUGAAUGAUUCAAGAAUCAUUAACAAGCCACACUUUAAAUCCCACAUCAACACAUCAACUAUUUUCAACAAGCAGAGGAAGACAAGGAAUCAAUUGUCAGUAGUAGCUGCUACAGAAGGCUCUGCAAAAAAAUCUCAACAAGAAGACCAACAAACACCCAUUCCCUCAUGGGCUCAGCCAGAUUCAGAAGAGCCACCUCCUUGGGCCAGGAACGAAGCCCAACUCCAAACUUCUUCAGCUUUUGAAUUGCCAUUUUAUGUUUACUUGCUUGCUUCUGCUAUCACUGCUAUUGCUGCUAUUGGGUCUGUGUUUGAGUACAUUAAUCAGAAACCUGUUUUUGGAGUGUUGGGUACAGAGAGCAUUUUUUAUGCUCCAAUUCUUGGCUUCUUUGCAAUUACUGGCAUACCCACUUCUGGAUUUUUGUGGUAUAAAUCUGUUGAAGCUGCAAAUAAGGAGGCAGAGGAACAAGACCGUAAGGAUGGGUAUCGCUAAAGCUGAUCACAGUUUAAGUUUGUAUGUGUGAAUAUGAAAUCCAUGUAAAACCUGAUUAUUAUCAUGUAAGGCAAGAGUUUAAUGUUCUUCCACAUUCAAGUUUUACAAUUACUUCAUCAUAAUUGGUAAUGCUUUAGUUCUUGCA